AUGCCCGCUGUGAUGGCCGUUGUAGAAGACGAAAAGGGCGAUAUCCUCCAGCUUCUAUUGUACAACCAGGCCGACGAUGGGGAGCCUUUUGUGCGUGAGGGUACUGUCAUGAUUCUGAAGGAACCGUUCUUGAAGACCAUGUCGGACGGUAGCCACGGGCUCCGCGUGGAUCACCUGUCCGACGUUGUGUUUCUCCCGGCCAACGAUAAACGGAUCCCGGUCGCAUGGCGGCAGAAACCUAAUCACAACGGCACUGCCCUGGCUUGGAAGGCGCAGGGCAGCAACCACUUCAAUAAAUCUGAAUAUCGGUCUGCGAUCGAGUGUUACACCCAGUCACUGACUUGCCCAUCGACCCCAGAAGAAAUGUGUACCACAAGGUUCAACCGGUCUCUGGCAUUCCUUAAGGUCGGACGAUACGAUGCCGCUCUGUUAGAUGCCGAGUUCGUGUCGACUACGACGGUAGCGGCUAGCAAGCUAACGGAGAAAGCGCGGCUCCGCAAGGCCGAGACGCUCUACGGGCUCGAGAGGUACCGCGAGUGUUACGAAGUGCUCAAGGAGUUCCAGCUCGACUAUCCCAACAACGCGGCUGCCGAAGUCCAGCGAACCCGCGCUAUCGCCCGGCUCGCCGAACAGAGGCACGGCAAGUACCACUUCAAGCGGUUGCAUGCCGAGGCCGCCGAGCGAAGGCCGCCGUACCUGGACCACGCGACCUAUAUCGGCCCCGUCCGGGUUCAAAACGCUGGCUCCCGCGGGCGUGGGCUCUUCACAACCAAAGCAGUCAAGGCCGGCGAUCUCCUCUUCUGUGAGAAGGCCUUCACAUACGCCUUUGACGAGGAGAACGCUGGCACUGGCGACACCAAACUACUAAUGGGCCAUGACGGUAGAGCCAUAAUUGGCUUGCAGGUGGACCUAAUUCACAUGACCAUCCAGAAGUUGCACCGCAACCCGUCAUUCAUCCCGGCCAUCACCAACCUCCACCACGGCUCCUACCAAGCAGCCGCCACCACCCAAAUCGAUGACCAGCCCAUCGUCGACACGUACGCGGGCUCGCUGGAUGCGGUAGAGAGUGGUGUAGAGGCGCUGGAAGGGACCUACGUGCGGCCGGCGGCUGAAGUGCCGCGGCUGGAGGUGUGGGAGAUUCUGUGGGAAGUUGUGGUGGCCGUGUGGGCGCGGAGGAGGACCGUGGCGGCGGAGCAGGCGGUCAGGCUGAUGCUCGCGGCGCUGAGAGCACUGGGCUAUGAUAUUGUAGGCGGGGAGCGGGGGACGGUGGUAGUUAGGGAGUGGGGGGUCGCGACCAGCGGCGCCGUCGAGUGCUGGCUGCUGCUGCGCGAUGCCUAUCGGGAGACGGCGCCGGAGCUGGUGGCGCCGGCUGAAGAGUAUGCGCGUACGGCGUACCGGAUUGUGGUUGGAGAGGACGAGACAUUUGCACCGUUUGGGGAGGAAAGGGGAGUGAGCGGACGUUCUACUACGACGACUACGCUCGUCACCACCACGGUCGACGCCCAUACCUUUGCCCCCAAGGCCAGCGGCUACAUCGCGCUGGAAAAGGUCUACUCGCGUACCGCCAUCUUAGGUGGCCACGGAGCCGAGCCCCCCCCCCCGACCCCCCAAUCUCAGUCAAAGUGCCCAUCGGCAAAGAAGCAGGGCAAAUGGACAGUAGAGGAAAACCACCGGAUUCUUAUACUCCGAGGAAGUGGUAUGACCUGGGACAACAUCUCAUCCUUCCUUCCGGGCCGGAGCUCCAUUAGCUGGCAAGCUCCUACGAGAGGUGAGGCUUACCAGCCGCAACCGCUCCCCUCAAUGGCUCAACGGCCAAAGUGUGAGUGGUCAAAGUCCCGGGCCCAAAACCGCUGGUGUCUCUCACCAAGAGCUCACCAACUCAAGCCGCCCCGGGCCAUGCGAAGAAUACGAAGGGGAUUCAGCCUCUUCAUCACCAACCGAAGGAAACCCCAAGAAGGGGUUUCGUAG